UGUUUUUUGAUAAUGAAUCUGUCAACUGCUCUACCGAACCUAACCUGAAUAUCGACCGUUUGAUUAGCUUUAGUGCUGGCAAGUAGGUUUAGAUUUCUUUGUCAACGUUUCAACGGGCAGCAGUAAAACUGACAAGAAUCCACUGAAUAGUAAAUUUCCGUCACUUUUCCUGCAAAAAUGUCACGGAAUUUUAUUGAUACAGAAUUGCUCUGUGACAUAUGCUUUGUUCAGUUUGACUUGAACAAUCACCGUCCUAAGAGCUUGCCCUGUGGGCACACCAUUUGCAUCGAGUGCGUGCAGAAUCCGGCUUUGGGAAAAAAGUGCCCAACUUGCAGAAAGGACCUUACCGCUGACCCAGGCAGCCUCCCCGACAACAUUCUUGCGAUCCGAAUGAUUGAAAAGGAUGGUGCGCCACCCCGCAAGGUGGCCAGGAAGGAGGACACUAAGAUGCAGCAGCUGCAGCGGGGCGUGGAGGCGGGGAGGAAGGUGGUGCAGCAGCUGCGUGAGGUAGUGCCUAUGGCGGUAGCGGCCCUCAACCGCCAGCUGGUUUCGUCGGUGGCUUCGCUCCGCCAAAUUGAGGAGGCUUUCGACAAACUGAAGCAGGUGGCGGCAGGCAGUGAGGGCACCACACCGGACCUCACUGCGGAGCAGCUGCAGCUGGUGGCGCAGCUGGAGGACAGCCUCCGUCUGCUCACCACCAACAAGUGCAGCGUCGUUGCGGAGGAAGGCGCGGGUGUGGCCGCCUGGAAGGCCUCUGUGCUGCUGGGGCCAAUUGACCACAUUUUGCGUCCCCUGCUGCUUCUGCUGCGGGCGAGCGGCCAGCUGACUAAGGUAGACAAUGGCGCUGUUGCAGUCCCCUCGGCGGCCAGCGUGGCGCCGCCCAGACUGUCCACCCUCUACAUCGAGCACAAGGACAUAGACGACGAUGGGCACUUGAAGGUGAACGACAUCCUACGGAACGGGCUGCGCUGGAGAAACAUACGCACAAUAAAUAACUUGAAAGGCCGCGACUCGGAGAAGCUGCUGCGGGUCAUGGCGCGCCACGUCGAAGAGCUGAAGAUCGUUGGCCUCGCUGGGCCGAGCCUGAUGAAAGAGGUGCAGAAGAUGUCAUCGCUCAAGAAGGUGAUCGUCAAAUGCGAUAGGAAUUUGGUGGACUACCCGGACCUGCCCUUGCAGUUGGAGGAGCUAUCGAUUUCUUUUCCGAGCGAGAACCAGCUGCGCUGUUUGCGGCGUAUGCCCAUGCUACGCAGUCUCAUGGUGGAGAACUACCAAUGCCCAAAUGUGUUCCUGACCCCCUCGCAGCACGGCGCACUGCUGUGGCUUGGCGUGUGCUUGAAUGAGAACCACAAGUCCACCAUGCUGUCCCUGAUUCGCGCCUUUGCCGCAUCGCUCCAGGAGCUGCAGAUCUUUUGUGGCACAAACGAAGACGAUUUCCCGAGCUUCUUUUUCCCCGAUUUGGGUGAGGACCUGGCGGAGUGCAGCCUGGAAGCACUGCGUCGGCUUGUUCUGAACCGUGGGUCAACCUCAGAAUGCACGGAUGGUUAUGCCUGCUUGUUGCAGCGACAGACCAUUCGUGAUGUCUUGCACUCCUCCGUCGACGUGCUUUGCGGCGGCUGUCAGAGCUCCAGUGUUCUAGCAUGACGCAGUUAACGUCACUGUUGUAAAGAGAAACAAGGUUAGCACUUUACACAAAUAAGGACAGGACUGUGCGUAGCAACACUAAGAAAUGUUAUAGCUUUCAGUUAAAACUAUUUAAAUGGAAUAUAAUUAAAAAGAUACCUAAUUACAAUAAAUUUGUGGCUUUUUUG